AUGGCCCCGAAGCUGCUGUUGCUCCUCUGCCUGUUAUCGGGCUUGCACGCACGAUCCAGAAAGGUGGAAGAGGAUGAAUAUGAAGAUUCUUCAUCAAACCAAAAGUGGGUCUUGGCUCCAAAAUCCCAAGAUACAGAUGUGACUCUUAUUCUCAACAAGUUGCUAAGAGAAUAUGAUAAGAAGCUGAGACCUGAUAUUGGAAUAAAACCCACCGUAAUUGAUGUUGACAUCUAUGUUAACAGCAUUGGUCCUGUGUCAUCAAUAAACAUGGAAUACCAAAUUGAUAUAUUUUUUGCCCAGACCUGGACCGACAGUCGCCUUCGGUUCAACAGCACAAUGAAAAUACUUACUCUGAACAGCAACAUGGUGGGGUUAAUAUGGAUUCCAGAUACGAUAUUCCGCAAUUCCAAAACUGCAGAGGCCCAUUGGAUCACCACCCCCAAUCAGCUCCUCCGAAUUUGGAAUGAUGGGAAAAUCCUUUACACUUUAAGGCUCACCAUAAAUGCAGAAUGCCAGCUACAGCUGCACAACUUCCCCAUGGAUGAGCACUCCUGCCCGCUGAUAUUCUCCAGCUAUGGCUAUCCCAAAGAAGAAAUGAUUUAUAGAUGGAGAAAAAAUUCAGUUGAGGCAGCUGAUCAGAAAUCCUGGCGGCUUUAUCAGUUUGACUUCAUGGGGCUCAGAAACACCACAGAAAUUGUGAAAACAUCUGCAGGUGAUUAUGUUGUCAUGACUAUAUAUUUUGAAUUGAGUAGAAGAAUGGGAUACUUCACUAUUCAAACAUACAUUCCUUGUAUACUGACUGUGGUUUUAUCCUGGGUAUCAUUUUGGAUCAAAAAAGAUGCUACACCAGCAAGAACAGCAUUAGGCAUAACCACAGUGCUGACCAUGACCACACUCAGCACCAUAGCGAGGAAGUCCUUGCCUCGUGUUUCCUAUGUGACAGCCAUGGACCUCUUUGUGACCGUUUGCUUCUUAUUUGUCUUUGCUGCUUUGAUGGAGUAUGCUACCCUCAACUACUAUUCAAGUUGUAGAAAACCAGCUACCACUAAGAAAAAGACAUCGUUACUACAUCCAGACUCCUCAAGAUGGAUUCAUGAACGCUUAAGCCUACAAGCCCCCUCUAACUAUUCUCUCCUUGAUAUGAGUCCACCACCACCGACAAUGGUUACCCUAAACAAUUCCAUGUACUGGCAGGAAUUGGAAGAUACCUGCGUCUAUGAGUGUCUGGAUGGGAAAGACUGUCAGAGCUUCUUCUGCUGCUAUGAAGAAUGCAAAUCAGGAUCUUGGAGAAAAGGGCGUAUUCACAUAGACAUCUUGGAACUAGACUCAUAUUCUCGGGUCUUUUUCCCUACAUCGUUCCUGCUCUUCAACUUGGUCUAUUGGGUGGGAUACCUGUAUCUCUAA